AUGGACCCUUACAGCAGAGCUGCAGAAGAGAAUUCAGAGCAUGGAGUUGCUACAGAAGACUCAUGGGUAUCUCCUACACCCAACAUGUCACAAACAAAGAAGUCCGGCAAAAAGAUCAGCCAGGCCAUCGGCCCACACGAUGACCUGCUCAACCCGGUCAUGAAGCGUAAACUUAGGUGGUAUACGGACACAUCGCUAGAUCCUCAGGCCUUGCAAAAACCAUCCUGCAAGGGACCGUACAAGGAGGUGGCGUCAGGGCGACUAGGAGGGGCACCAGAUCAGCCCCCGGAGACUGACGCCACACCCAUCAGUGUGUUGCUGCACUCCGGCUGCUGUUUGACCGAGCUGGUUUCUGUGGCGAUGGCAGCUUCAACAACUCCUCCCCCCAUGGUAGCCACCCUCCAUCCCGUCCCUGUGACCAAUCCAAUGAACGGUGUGACCAAGGACUACGGCAGCGUUGCAGCCUUGGUUGGAGGUGUCGUAGGUGCGACGCUGCUAAUCCUCAUCGGUGUGAUGGCCUUCCUGUGGUGGUGUCGGCCGGGACAGAAAGGCUCCUAUACCACCAACGAGAUGGUGGAUAAGGAUAACGGAGAUACUGACGAUGAUGACGAGUCCGUUUGCUCCGAUACUGCACUCAAACACAAUGUGCCUUCAGAGGAGGAAGAGGACGAGUAGAGGACUACAAUGUGAACUUUGGACAGAAAGUCGGUGGAUGUUUUUUUUAUUACGUCAUCAGUCUCCAAAAGUUACCCCGAAAUUCCCCAAUCCACCAAUUUGAUGAAUGCAACAGUUGCAGGAUCUCACAGUAGAAAUGUUUACUCUUGGCAAAGAGAAUUACCUUUUGUGAUUAAAUAUUUUCUCAAGGCAGUCAACUUUAAGAGCUAUCUUCCUUUGGACAUUGGGAACUGAAGGUUUUCAAACUUAAUAUAAACAGCAACAUCUUGUGGUCAACAUGGAGCACUGCAGCCUGUCUGCACGGAGUCAAUAUAUAUUCUCUACUGUGUGAA